GAAUGACGCCAUAUUUUGUGUUGUGGUGGGUGACAAGAACUUAAGAGUUGGUUCGGCUGUCGUCAGGAGCGGAAGCAAGUGCGCUUUUCGGUGUGCUGUGAGAUCCCAGGGCUAGAGGCCGUAAGCAGGAUUUGCAGUCCGGGCGACCGUGCCCGGAUCCUCUACAACGAAACCUGCUUCUAACUCACAAUGCAGGCUAUCAAAUGUGUCGUUAUAGGAGACGGAGCUGUCGGUAAGACAUGCCUCCUCAUCUCGUAUACGACAAAUGCCUUCCCUGGGGAGUAUAUUCCCACGGUUUUCGACAAUUAUUCGGCCAAUGUGAUGGUGGACGGGAAGCCUAUCAACUUAGGUCUAUGGGAUACUGCCGGUCAGGAAGACUACGACAGGCUUCGUCCGCUGUCCUAUCCACAAACCGAUGUGUUUUUACUCUGCUUCUCGCUCGUGAACCCCGCAUCGUUCGAGAACGUCCGCGCGAAGUGGUACCCGGAACUCAGUCACCACUGUCCUAAUACACCCAUCGUCUUGGUCGGCUUGAAGUUGGACCUCCGGGAUGACAAAGAAACCCUUGAUAAGCUCCGCGACAGGAAGCUGGCUCCUAUCACAUAUCCUCAGGGGCUCGGUAUGGCGAAAGAGAUCAGCGCUGUCAAAUAUCUCGAGUGUUCUUCGUUGACUCAGAAAGGUUUGAAGAACGUUUUCGACGAGGCCAUCCGCGCCGUCUUGUGUCCCCCGUACAAGCCGAAACCGAAAAGGAGAUGCGUUCUCCUUUAGAUCUGAACUCCACUUUUUGAAACCACAAAGAAUCAAUCAUAAAUCAAUCCGUUUUUGAAGAACCUCCGACGAUUUCGAAAAUGAUGGUAAUGAUCAUUUUAUUGAUGAUGAUGACGACGACGACGACGACAUCAACAGCAACACCAACUUUUUUUCGCAACGAUUACGCCGAGGUAAUAUAUAUUUAAAACGCAGCGACAAGUGGUUGUCUGGUGACGACGGAGAGCGACCUGGUGCGCGGAAAACAAGUGGGUAGUGUAACGGGGGUGGGAAGAUUGUCGUGGACUGAGGAAAUUUUAAACGAGGUUGGGGCAAUGAGGGACGAAUGUUGACGAUAGGAUUAUAACCACUAAACGUAGGAACGGAAAGAAAACAUAGGACCAACCUAUGGGCGGUUCAAAUUGGGCAGUUAUUUUCGCGCUGCUCGAUUGAGGCCAUCGGCUCGAAGCUUCGUCUGAAGGUUUCGGAGUAUCAGGGAAAGUUUCGGAGUGUUAGCUUAUCUGUUCACAUGUAACAUAAUAACUGAUGAAAUGGUAUGGACAACAAUAAACAUAUUAUUAUUAAACUCGUUUUUAUAA